AUGGCCACUGAAACCUUCAUAAACCAAGUAGCCAAGACUUUUGGUCCAUCUACAAAACUCGGUGACGACGAGUACGAAAAGUUGAGCUCGCUCAUCCAAAUAUUCAAUGUUGAUCUUGAAGACUUAUUUUUGGAAUGGGAGUCUUACAACGUGGCAGAAGUGCAACAAGAUUUAGAGUUGAAUAUGACAACGUUGAUCCAAUUUCAUGAAUAUUUGCAGAAGAAAUUGGCAAACAACAAAUUGACUCCAAAAAGUGUACACGUAAUGAAGGAUGGUUCUGGAAGGAAGCCUUUGUCGAAAAGAGCUGUCAAUAACAAUAGUCCCGCUACACCACAUACAAAGAAGAGAAAGUUUGAUCUGUCUGAACCUGAAUUGUCGUCACCAGCCCACUAUGAAAGUGCUAACAAUACUUUUACGACGUCCCCUAUCAAGCCAUCCACAGGCUCGCAUACCUUAUUGGAAACAUUGAAUCCAGAACUAGAAGUUAUCAAUAAUUUGAGUAGUGAAAGUUCUAGCAAUCCAAUCAAGUUGACUGCAAACUUUGAUCCUGCGAAAUUCAAGUUUAGGACCAUGCAAAUGAAACUUCUUGAAAGUGCUGAUGUACUUGACGAUCAAAUAGAUAGCGUAGCUCAGUUGUACCAAGAAUACAAUAAAACUGAACAACAGUUUGGCAACCCGUGUUUGAGCUCACAAUUUGAUAUUUUAUGUUGUGGGAGGAUAGUGCCUGACUCACCGAUGUAUGAUAGUGAGACUUUGAAUAGCAAUUCUUUGUUCUUGGAGACAUCAAGGUUGUCCGGUAUUGGUCAAAGAGUCCCACUUGGUUUGAGCAAAUUAGCUGGAUUUUCUUUCUUCCCCGGCCAGAUUGUUGUUUUGAAAGGAAGAAAUCCAACGGGAAAGCAAUUUGUGGUGGAAGAAGUAAUGACGUUACCACAGUUGGGAACUCCAGUAUCAAGCAGAUCCGAAUUAGAAGAGUAUAACCAGUUGCAAGAUGGACACGGUCUCAAGAUUGUUGUCGCAUCUGGUCCAUAUUCCAAUCUGAACAAACUACAAUACUCCAAAUUGGAAGGCUUGGUAGAGAAAAUCAACAAUGAGAUCCAACCAAAUGUGGUUAUAUUGAACGGUCCAUUCAUUGAUUUGACUAAUAAAGAUGUCGAAGAAGGUAGGUUUAAUUUUUCAAGAGAUCAACUACCAAAGAACCUUGAUGACGUGUUUAGGUUAUUAAUCACUCCCAUUUUGAGAAAAGUUGACUCAAAAAUCCAAGUUGUUUUAUUCCCAUCAUUGAAGGAUAGUUGUGUCAACCAUUGUUCGUAUCCGCAAGAUUCAUUCGAUAGAAAGAAAUUUCAGUUACCAAAAAAUAUCAAAGUUUUCCCCAACCCAUCAAGUUUUGCUGUUAAUGAAGUCCUAAUUGGAUCUUCUAAUCUUGAUCUUUUCAAGGACUUGAAAGAGGUGUUUAAACAAGAUGAAAAGCUUUCGAAAAACAGGUUUGAGAGGGUCAUUGAUCAUAUAUUUCAGCAAAGGCGAUACUACCCUGUCAUUCCUGGGUCCAUAGCCAGAACCAGUGAGCACGAUAUAUCGCAUCUUACAAAUGGUGCAGCAGGAGAGAACUUGAAUGGGGUGAGUGUUGGUGGAUCUUCAUUAGAGACGCCAUAUUUGGGACUUACCGAAUUGGGAAAUUCACUUCCAGAUGUCUUGAUAUUGCCAUCAGAACUAAAAGUAUUUGCAAAGGUGGUUAAUGAUGUUGUUGUGAUCAAUCCUGGUCUGUUUAUUCGCCCAAGCAGAUCAAUUAAUAGCGAAGAUGGAACAUAUGCUGUGUUGAGCAUAACUGGACCAAAAGUCGAAGCUCUAGAUGGAACCAAUGUCGAGCAAGUAGAAGGUGAUUCAGAAUUGUUUCAUCACAAUGUGUAUAAACGUUGUAGGGUAGAUAUUUAUACAAGCUAA